AUGGCUAGCGUGCUGAUACGCCACAAAUGGCUCACGGUUGGAAAGGACGAGAAAAUCUGGCAGGAAAUCCACAUCCAGGAUCUGACCAACCUCCACCUGGCUCUGGGUGAUGCCGCUGCUGCCCGUAAAGGUAAGACUACCUGGGGCGAUGAGGGGUACUAUUUGCCUAAGAGUGGUUCAGUUGUCUGGGAUGAUAUUCAACGCGCCGUCGCACAGGCUGCUUUUGAUCAGAAACUUACUCCUUCACCGGAGGCAGGGACCCUGAGUGAAGCUCAGCUUUUUGAGAUUUGGUUCGGGGCUAUAUUGAUUGACCUCAUUCCUGAUAUUGUUGAGGGCAAGGCGAAGGCUCUUGGGUUGUUGUAA